CUGGUUAUUAAGCACAGCGACGGUUGUCUCCCAAACACAACCCCGUUUUGCUGGGUGGCAGUGCCAUGCUAGCGUCUUGCAGAAACGUAAUUUACCGUUGCUAAUUCGCAGUUAACGGUACCUAAAUAUAUUUAGCUGGGUGGCUAUUUUGUUCAGCUUGAUUAGUUAUAGCUAGUUUAACCUUGCUAGUCAACUACCAAGCUAACCCUAUCGUAAUCGUGUUAGGUAACGUUAACAUUAUUUCGGAGCACCCUUCGAUUAAUACAAUAGGUAAUGUUAGCUGGUUAUCUGGCGUUGCCGCAGUUUGCAAUCCAGCCAAGCCAAACGGUCUGCUUUGGUUACUACACAAAGCAGUAACAGUUGCUGUUAAUAGUAACGUUCUGUUCUAGUAAAUGGCAUCCCACCCCGAGGAUCCGAGUUAACGCUACGUUAGCCAAAGUCCGAGAUGCAAGAUAAUGUUAGCGUUAAACAUAGUAAUUCAUCUUUAGGUAUAAAGUUAUAUAGCCUGCUGGUUAAUUUGGUUGUGAUGUAGAUUGCUGGCUUGCCAAGAGAAUAGCUGCUAACUCGAUUGAGUGCAACAUUUCAUAACCUUACAUCUUUUUUUCGAAUCAGCAAGCAACUUACCACCUAUGUAACAAACAUUGUAUUGUAUUUAAGUUUAUUGGUAACGUUAUCGUAACGUUGCCUUAACUUGCUGACGUUCACUUGAAGGGAUAAUAUACCGUAUGUUUUGAAGUUUUUAUUGAGCUGAUCUUAGUCAGUGCAGGUAUUAAUUGGAGUCAACCUUGAAGCUCAAGGGACUUCAUUUGUGGAUUCUAACUUCGGGUUUUUGUUGUUAACGUUACAAAACUUAUUCAAAAGCUAUCAUCAUGGAACGUUGGUUUACCCAUCCUUAGUUCUGGAGAAACUCGUGCAAAAAGUUAGCCAGGUAGCCCAACAUUACGAAGCUGUCUCCAGGAUGUGGCGCGACCUCCCUCUUGUUCCACGACCACCGUGGAUGGUUGGCUAACGGACGAAUACACCAAGCGAUGGUCACCUCCCUGAAUGAGGAGAACGACAGUGUCACCGUGGAGUGGAUCGAGAACGGAGACACCAAAGGGAAAGAGAUUGACCUGGAGAGCAUCUUCUCUCUCAAUCCAGACGUGGCCCCCGAGGAAGAGGUCAUCCUGAGCCCGGUGACUCCUCCUCCUCCCCCCACAGCCAGCGCCACCAAGGUCAACAAGAUACCAAAGAACCGACGGACCAUCGCACCUGUAAAAAAUGAAGUCCCGUCCAGAGACAACAGAGUUGGCUCCACCCGUGCCCGGCCUGCCCAGCAGCAGUACCAGCAGCAGCCUGAGCCAGCCGUGCCUCCCCCAACCUCGCAGCCAGCCCAGCCCACCCAGAGCCAGACCGCCCAGCAGCUACAGAACGCGAGGAGGAAGUCGAACUGCGUAAAGGAAGUGGAGAAGCUGCAGGAGAAAAGAGAGAGACGACGACUGCAGCAGCAGGAGCUGAGAGAGAAGCGAGCGCAGGAAGUUGACACCACUGUUCCAAACUAUGAGAUUCUGCAGAUGAUCAGAGAGUUCCGAGCUAGCCUGGACUACAGGCCUUUAACCACUUCUGAUCUGAUUGAGGAGCAUCGAAUAUGCGUAUGUGUCAGGAAACGUCCUCUGAACAAAAAAGAGCUCACAGUGAAGGACUUGGAUGUGAUCACCAUCCCCAGCAAAGAUGUCGUCAUGGUCCACGAACCCAAGCAGAAAGUUGAUCUGACGCGAUACCUGGAGAACCAGACGUUCCGUUUUGACUAUGCCUUUGAUGAAAGUACAACAAAUGAAAUGGUUUAUAGAUUUACGGCCAGGCCGCUAGUGGAGACCAUAUUUGAACGGGGGAUGGCGACCUGUUUUGCCUAUGGACAAACAGGAAGUGGGAAAACCCAUACCAUGGGGGGAGACUUUUCAGGAAAGAACCAGGAUUGCUCGAAGGGAGUCUAUGCUUUAGCAGCUCGGGAUGUAUUUCUAAUGCUGAAGAAACCCAUCUACAAGAAGCUGGACCUUCAAGUAUACGCAACCUUCUUUGAGAUCUACAGUGGAAAGGUGUUUGACCUGUUGAACCGCAAGGCGAAGCUGCGCGUGCUGGAAGACGGCAAGCAGCAGGUGCAGGUGGUGGGGCUGCAGGAGCGCGAGGUGCGCUGUACAGAGGACGUCCUCAAGCUCAUCGAGGUCGGCAACAGCUGCAGGACAUCAGGCCAGACGUCUGCCAAUGCCCACUCGUCCCGCAGCCACGCCGUCUUCCAGAUCAUUCUGCGCCGGAAAGGCAAGAUGCACGGGAAGUUCUCCCUCAUCGACUUGGCGGGGAACGAGCGCGGGGCAGACACCUCGAGCGCUGACCGCCAGACGCGCUUGGAGGGAGCCGAGAUCAACAAGAGCCUGCUUGCACUGAAGGAAUGUAUUAGGGCCCUGGGACGCAACAAACCGCACACGCCUUUCAGAGCCAGCAAACUCACCCAGGUGCUCCGAGACUCUUUCAUCGGAGAGAACUCCAGGACAUGCAUGAUUGCAACCAUCUCUCCUGGUAUGGCCUCCUGUGAAAACACCUUGAACACGCUACGCUAUGCCAACAGAGUGAAGGAGUUUGGGAUCUGUCCCUCGGACAUCCCCUUCUCCCAGGGCGGAGGAAAUCGCUCUGAGCUCUCUCCCGCCCAUGAGGUGAAGGAGCUGACCGUGGACCCCAGCGCGGUGGUGGAGAGCAGCAGCCGGCCCAACAUCCACGCCGUCAGCCAGCUGGACCUGAUGGACGAGGAGUGGGACAUCAGCAACUCCCCGCAGAGGGACGACCUCAAGCUGCUCUGUGAGCAAAAUGAGGAGGAAGUAUCCCCUCAGCUCUUCACCUUCCAUGAGGCCGUGUCCCAGAUGGUGGAGAUGGAGGAGCAGGUGCUGGAGGACCACAGGGCCGUCUUCCAGGAGUCCAUCCGGUGGCUGGAGGAGGAAAAGGUUCUGAUGGACAUGACGGAGGAGGUGGAUUAUGAUGCAGACGCCUACUCCUCCCAACUGGAGCAGAUUCUGGACCAACGAAUUGAUAUCUUAGUUGAACUUAGAGAUAAAGUGAGGUCAUUCCGCUCUGCACUCCAGGAAGAGGAACAAGCCAGCCUAGCGAGAAUCUGUCGCAUGUACGAGGCCGACUGGGAGACAGGUGACCCAGGCCCGCAGAGCCAGAACCAGAGCAGUAGUCAGAGCCAUGAGCCAGGGCCAGACACAAAGCAUCAGCUCUUAGCCAGGGACAGGGCAGCCACAAGGACACUGAGAACCAAGGAGGAACAGGGCAAGAUGGACAGGGCAGCCACAAGGACACUGAGAACCAAGGAAGAACAGGGCAAGAGGAUGAAGCCCUGUGAAGGUGACCGCAAAGCAGCGGCAGUUCAGAAUCUGAAGAUGGUCUCUCAAAUGAAGUACCACUAUUGGCUCACAGCUGUUUUCAUCAGUUUAGGGGUCCUCUGUGUUAUUCUCCUCACUGAAGGCUGUUUUGAUACAAUCCAGGGGUUGCUCCUUCAGGGUUAUGAGAAGUGGAUCCCAGCAGAGUUGAAGGCAUGGAGAAGUCUGUAGAUUAAACGGUUCAACAUA